AUGUCCGGCUCUGCGCCCCCGAACCCCGCGGGACCCCCGAACCCUUGGGGGACCCCCUGGCCGCCCCCCCCUCCCCCGCACCGCCUGCGGGCCCUGGCGCGCUCCUGGCUGGACGAGGACGCGCCCUGGCCCGACCCCACCGUGGCGCCGCUGGGGAACGCCGAGAUCCGCGCCCACAUCCUCGUCAAAAACCCCGAAACCCCCGCAUUUAACCCCGAAACCGCCGGAUUUAACCCCGAAACCCCCGCAUUUAACCCCGCCCCCGCCCCAUUUUUCGGGGUGCUGGCCGGCUGCCCGUUCGCCGAGGCGGUGUUCGCGGUGUCGGGCUGCUCCGUGCUCUGGAAGGUUCCCGAGGGUUCCCGGCUGGGCCCGGGCCGGGCGCUGCUGGCCGAGGUUCGCGGCCCCGUUUCCGGGCUGCUCCUGGCCGAGCGCACGGCCCUGAACGUCCUGGGCCGCUGCAGCGGCGUGGCCUCCAUGGCCGCCCGGGCCCGGGGCGUCGCCGAGAGCCGGAAUUGGGGAGGGGUCGUGGCGGGGACGCGCAAGGGCACGCCCGGCUUCAGGGCGGCCGAGAAGUACGCGCUGGGCGUGGGGGGCGCGCAGGGGCACCGCCAGGGGCUGGGGACCUUCGGCCUCGUCAAGGACAACCACAGGGCCGUGGCUGAGAUGGGCGGCGGGCACGAAGGGCUGAUUGUGGGGGCACGCCGGGCCGGGGGCUUCACGCAGAAAUUGGGCGUGGAGUGCGCGAGCGCUGAGCAGGCACUGGAGGCGGCCAAGGCUGGGGCCGAUGUCGUCCUGCUCGACAACCUGAGCCCAGAGGAGCUGCACGCGGCGGCUGCACGCGUCAAGGCCGCGCACCCGCGGGUGCUGGUGGAGGCCAGCGGGGGCAUCGGCCUGGAGAGCCUGGGCAGCUUCCUGGGGCCCCACGUGGACGUCGUGUCCAUGGGGUGCCUGACCCACAGCGCCCCCGCGCUCGACUUCGCCCUCAAGGUGGUGGGGAUGGGGAGUGGAAGUACCCCAACUGAAGAAGGCCCAUUAGAACACAACUGUGCAGAAGUAAUAGAGUACACCUAUUCAGCAAGAGAAGACCUGAAAGAUGUCCCACUAGAGCAGCCGGAAUGGGAGCUGUUUACAGAUGGGAGCAGCUUCGUGGAAAACGGAACCAGAUACGCUGGAUAUACGCUCUGCCAGGCCAGAGCUGGGGGCGGGGCUCUGUUCCACCACAAACCAAGGCCUGACCUAGCCCUGGCCCCACAUGGGCAUUCUGAGCAUCCCAAGGUGUCUCGGGACAUCGAUCUCGUCCAGCCUCUGACAACAACCACGGUGACACUACGGAACCUCAUGGGGCCAAGAUGCUGUUGUGACACUGUGGUGCCUCAUGGGAUCAAGGAGACCAUUGUGAAACUUGGAGACCCCAAGAAACCAAGCGUCCAUGAUGACCUUGUGCAGCCCAUAGUGUAA